AUGGCCUUUAAAUAUUGGAAGAUCCUGUCCGCCAUCUCAAGUCGUUUCAUUUUAACAGUGCACGGCUUCCUCCUGGUAUGGCAAGUGGUAGUGGUAAAGAAGAAUACCCAUUACUGGAUGCUGCUCAUUGGCCUUUUGCUCUUAUAUCUGGAAAUAGUUGUCACGCUGACUGUAACCAGAAAAGGAGAAUGGAAAUGGUUUAGCCCCAUGGUGUUUCUCUACCUGACCUCUGCCAUUCCUUCUGUGUUCUUCCUGGAACUUCACUUUCUUGAAAUCAGGGCAUUAAUGGUUAAUUCAACAAAUACUGAAGAUGUCAUUCAGGUUUUGCACUUUGUACCAUCCUUUCAAUGGUUGGAUGCGCUGGAGCAGGUCAUGAUCUUGGUACUAGUUAUAGGGCGCUGGCUGAUGCCAAAAGGAGAGAUAAGCAGAGACCAGCUGUCUGAACUAUUGCUAACGUAUAUUGGUUUAGGAGCAGAUAUCCUGGAUAUCCUACUACUCAUCAAGGAUCCGUCUGUGGAUACCAACUGGAACGUGGCUGUCGUGGCUCUGUGUCUCUUCAGUUGGGCAACCCUGCAGUUCCCAUUAGUCCUAACACAAACAGGUUCAUCACCCACCCAGGGUGCACAGAAUGAAUAUGAGACACAGUCAGCACCUGGCAUGAAGGAGAGAUGUGCUUCCUCCUGUUGCACAAAUGAAAUAUGGAGCUUAUUGAUCGCAGUGGGGAUGCAGGAUGGGCCUUUUCUUAUCUUUCGCCUGUACCUGGCUAUUAAAGAGAGAAUGUUGAAUGAAAUGAUGAUCUUUUAUAUUUGUAAAAACAUUUUGACUGUUUCUCUAGAAAUUUACAGAAUUAUUGCGGUUCAUUGUGUAGAUAGCAAGCAUAGAAAUAAUUAA